CACCGUCGGCUCCCUUGGCCCUAAUGCCACCUCCAUCCUCGGGGAGGAACCAGCCCGUGACAGUGUCCCGUCUGCAGAUGCAGCUCCACCUCCAAGGCCUGCAGCAGAACACCAAUGCACUGCGCAAACAACUGUCGCAGCUACGCAACAUGCAGCUGGAGAACCAGGACUCAGUGCUGGCCCUGCUGAGGCAGACAGAGUCCGAGCUCAGCCUCAUGAUGCUGGAUGCCAUGCGCACACAGGAGGACCCACUCCAGAGACAGCGCCUCCUGGUGGAGGAGGAGAGACUCAAGUACCUCAACCAGGAGGAGCUGCUCAUCCAGCAGCUGCAUGACCUGGAGAAGUCGGUGGAGGAGCUGCAGAGGAACUCUUCGGUGAAUCACGGUCUGGUGACGGAGCAGGACGUUGAGCAGAAGAGCAAAGAGCUGAGAAUGCUGGGAGAAACGCUAACAGAGCUCAAAAACCAGUUCCCCAGCCUGCAGAGUAAGAUGCGGGUGGUGCUUAGGGUGGAGGUGGAGGCUGUGAAGUUCCUGAAAGAGGAGCCUCACCGUCUGGACGCCCUGCUAAAGCGCUGCAACACCAUGACUGAUGCGAUCAGCUCGCUCCGCAGACAAGUGACGGAGGGCGUGUGGAAGUGCCCCGAAGACCUCCCCAGCCAAUCACAGAAGAGAUCUGAGGACAUGAGCCGCUGCUCGGACCUGGACAUCCUGAACAGUCCUCCUCUCAGCCUCACGGACAUGAGCUCCUGCUCUGGCCUCGCCAACUGGAUGCCCGUACCCGCCGGCGACGCAGACCCCUCGGGCCCCGAGCAGGACCUCCAGCCUCUAAUGAGCUUCAGGAACCGGGUCCUCGAUGAGCUGCCGAGUCGGCGGGCUGGAGAUAAGUCCGUGUCAGCUGAAGUCAGACUGGUAAUGAGAUGCUGA